GAGUAAACGUCUUUUCGUUCAGUUUGUAUUUUACGGCUCACGUGCUGAGGUUAUUCUUAGCAGACGAUGUUCUUCAACGAUUAAUUCUUAUUUAUGACAACAGGUGUCUUACAAUAUUAUUUUCAUAUACAAUUUUUUUUGAAGCAAUUAUGUCUUUAAUUUCAAUCUAUGAGUAGAUAUUUUUUAAUUUUCUUUCAUAAUUUUAGUGAUUUUGCUUUAAUUUUUGACCGAUUCUUCUCAAACUUUAAUACAUAGUACAUACCUUUUAUACUCGUAACAAUUUUGGUGUUCGUUAAUGCCAUUUAUUUUGAGCUUAGAAUGUACCGUAUACGGUUGUACAUAGUGCCCGAAAACUCAGAUACUUGCCAAAGCAUGCACAGUGUCAAGAACUCCACUCAAACUAAGAAUAUGCACAAGUUGUAAAAUUUGACCAUCGGCCAUGAACUCGUGUUUCCCGCCAUUGGCCGCUCUAACGCUGAAAGAUAAACGGCGAAAUUCCGCUUAUUUGGAGACCACCGGAAAUCAAACCAGUGGAAAACCUAACGUUAUACAAGACAUGGAAAUGUUUUAUAUAAAGCAAAUUGCUCAUAAUCUUAAGGACUACGAAUUGGAACAAAAAAUGGAAUUCGAGAUGAAAAUGCGUGAGGGCACUACACGACUCCUUGCCGCCUGCAAACAUCAAACGCAAUCGUUGCAAGCCGCCAAGAGCUUGUUGACGUCUAACGAAAGGAUGACCGCUUACAUCGCCGAAUUGCACCGGAAAAGCCGAGAACCCCCACAGAUCGGAUGGAACGGUGGCAAGGCUCGGGUGUCACUUUCGGACUUACGACUCCCUCUGAUGUGGCGGGACACGGACCAUUUCAAGAAUAAAGGCGACUACCGGCGAUUUGCAGUGUUCUGUUUGGCUAAAGUCGGUACGCAACUGUACGACACCAGCCUUAUGUUCCCGGUUGAUAGAUCCAUGACCGACGUUACGUUUAACGACGUAUUGCUCUUCGAAAACGUCGGGCCGGAUUUCAAACUCGACUUAGAAGUAUACGCACAUGUACUGCGCGACGAUUUUUCGAUUGCGAGCACGCCUAGGAAAAUCAAGAACACGUUGCACAGUUCCAUAAGCCGCACUGUUGGUAAAAAGUUGGCCGCCACUUUAAGAGACGAACUUAAUAGCGGCAAAAUUGGACCUAAUUUUGAAUUAAUGGCAUCAGCCAAACUGACUUUAGAAGAAGUGGAUGACAGAGUUCAUACUCAUGAUAUGAAAAUCGAGAGCACUCCAGAAAACCGUAAUAAUCAGUUACCUCUAUUUGGUCAUUUUUGCUGUCGGUUGGCUGCACAACCCCAGUGUAUUUCGUCCCCGGUAUAUUCGGGGUGUGUGUGGCCACGAGAUGAAUCGUCUUUCUUAUGGGCCAGACUCCAAGCAUUUGAACUCUCUGUAUGGUCAACAGAAGAAGAAGCAAAAUCUCAGCCACCCCAGAAAACAUUUCGCGUUGAUAGGAAUACAGUAAUUCGAGCGCUAAAGAUCAAUAAUGAAAUUGAAAUAUCCAACGAAUCUGAAAAGCGAACUGUAUCGUUUAUAUUUUCAGUAAAAAAUGGGGAAGAGAAGGGCAAUUGGCUAAAAUAUUUAGUUCAACAUACCAAAGAACAUUACAAAUGGAAAAAAGCAGCUGAAAGUGUCAUGGAAGUACAGUUGUUAGAAACUAACAGGCAUUCAUUUGUCAAGCCAGAGCGACAAGGAUCACUCUAUGAUGAAACUCCACUUUUUGAAUCUUUUGACAAGAACAGCCGCGAUAAGAACAGGCCUACUGUAAUGGAUAUGUUUUCCAAUGGAGGCCAAGUCUCUACUACCAGUCUUAGCUCAUGUUCAUCUACCGGUUCUAUGUCUCAUAAUCUACGCUCAAACUCAUCCUCAUCCUCAUCAUCAUCAUCGACUGUGAGCAGUAGUGGAACCCAACGACGAUCGCAUUGGCCGUUUUCUAGGAAAACGUGAUUGGCACACAAGUUUCUGUUUCUUCACUAUGAUGUACAUACUGGAGUGGGCUACACCUUAUUGAAAUUCCUAGUUUUAUACCCUUAUUUACCAAUUUUGUACCUGCUUUAUGUUAAAUUUUAAAAGUGCUUAAUUCUAA